UUAUCAUUGUUAGAAUUUGCUUUUGUAAUAAAUAGGUAUGGAAAAUUCUUAAAGAAUCUUGGAUAUUCAAAGUGAGAAACAAAUAAAGCUGAUCGACCUAUAGAAUUAACUUCUUGCGAAGGACAAUCAAAUAGUUGAAUUAAAUGAAUAGUUAUAGAGUUGGCUAUAGAAAAAAAGAUUGAGAACUAAAAUAGUAUUAGUUUAAACCUAUAAAAGCCAAUAUCAAUAUAGAAUGAAUAUUUGUCCUUUUAGAACUAAUUGGAAGCAAUGUACAAAAUGCUCAUCAAAUACCACGAAGAAAAUAGAAUACAAAAGUAAGAGAAUAAGAAAUUGUAAAUGAUCAUAGAUAUAGUAAAGAAUAAUAAAACUGAAGAUAACAAUAAAUAGCUAAAUGAAUAGAGUCCAUAAUUGAAUGAAUCCAGCUUUGUUGACUUUUUGCCUGCUUAGAUAUCCACAACACAGAAUCAUUAAAUUCCAAUUCCAAAAUUAAAUCUAGGAAAGGCAUAAAAAAUAUAGUAGUUGACAGUUGAAAAAUAAUUGGAGUAAGAAGAAUAAUAAAUUCAAUUGGAUAAAGUAUUACAAAUGGAUCAGAAAUUCUUGAUUACAAACAAAUCAUCAACUCCUUAAAAUAAAAACGGAUAUUACAUUAAUCCUAAUAAGUUACUAAUCCAACUUACGUCUUUUGCUGAUUAAAAUAAAACUCUCUAAAAAGAAUUAAAUUAAUGCAAGACAAAAUUGUAGGAUGAAUUACUUCUAAACAAAGCUUUGGAAAGUUAGUUGGAGGAUAUGAAUAGAUAUGUCAGCGAAUUGGAAGGCACAAAUGAACUGUUGAUUAAAUCAUAAAUUGCUUUAGAAAACAAUUUUUAAAAAUUAAAAUAAUUUAUUAUUUAGGGCAAGAAAGAGCAAUAACUUAUCAAGCAUAAAUACAAUGUUUCUUUACAAAAUUUAACCUAAAUUAAUUAGUAAACAAAGAAAAGAUGUAAUUCUGAGUACUGA